CGCCGUGAAUAAAUUUGUGACAGCCGCCACGCCUUCUCCGCAAAAAGUCCGGGGCGCAUCAACAUCACCGAUUUCUUCCUCCACCAGCGCUGUUGAUCCCGGCCUUGUUUCCGGUCUUUUAUUUCUUCCUUCUUUUUCUCUGCGUAUCAGGUAUUGUCUUUCUGUGUGGCUCUACUCUUCCGUCACCCCCACACCAACGUCAACCUAUCCUCCAUCCGAUCUCGCAAACACCCUCAUCCUUUUCACAAUGAGCUUCCCAGGAAUGACACCCCCUGUCGGCGGAGGCAUGGGCGGUAUGGGCGGCGCCGGCGCCGGCGGUCCAGCCAACAUGCAGGGCAUGAGCGAGCAGGAGCAGAUGAUGGUUAAGAUGAUGUAUGCGGCUAUGGAGUCGUGUCCCAUUAAGACUGUUAUCUCCGGUACGAUGGGUUUCGGUCUCGGUGGUGUUUUUGGUUUGUUUAUGGCUAGUAUGUCCUACGACUCAACCUUCACGCCCCAAGGAAAAGCCAUCGCCGACCUCCCCUGGCGCGAGCAAGUCCGUCGCGGCUUCAAGGACAUGGGUUCCCGGUCGUGGUCGUCCGCCAAGAACUUCGGUAUCGUGGGCGCCCUGUACUCCGGCACGGAGUGCUGUAUUGAGGGACUCCGUGCGAAAAACGAUCUCACGAAUAGUGUCUCCGCCGGGUGCAUUACUGGUGGUAUUCUGGGUGCUAAGGCCGGGCCUCAGGCGGCUGCUGCUGGAUGUGUGGGCUUUGCGGCGUUUAGUGCUGCGAUUGAUGCUUAUAUGAGGAUGCCGGAGAAGGAGUAGAUUCCGUUCUUUGUUUCGUCUUUGGGGAGGUUGAGCUAUUUGUAUAGACGGCGGCAAGGUGGGGG